UCGACGUUGUGAUGAGCGAAUGUAGCAUGUGAGAUAUGCAAAUCUGUCAUCUAUGAAAUCAAGUAUACGGAAUCAAAAAUUUUUGCGAGAGAAAAUGUUGGAAAUUGAUAUGGAUAUUAAAUUGUGCGCGAAUGUGAAUUGAUAAGUAAAGAUCAGAUCAUCAUCGAUUCGUUUGGAUAUUUGAGUCUGUGAUUGCUGAUACGUAGCAUCUCAGCCAACAGCGCCAACCACGUGAUUUCGCUGAUACAAGUAGGCGCUUAGUUCAAACGAAAUAGAAGAACUUACAUUGAAUCGAUCUGAUAUGGAAAAAGAAAGAGAUACAGAUAGAGAUAAGAGAUUUUUUUCUCACUGUAUAAACGCAACGUGGAAAAAGUAAAGCUCGUUUUAUCUUGUUCUUAGCUCAGAAGACAAAUAUAAGAGAUCUUAUAUCUGAAAGAGAAAAUUAUAUAUUUGAAAUCGAAGCGACCUAUCGCGAAUGUGACCUCGAGUCGCAUCGCAAAUGAUAAGCGACGAUAAAAACUAAAGCAGUAACUCGUCUUGUCGGAUAAGGUGAAGCAGUGAUAAACCGGGACCGUACAAGUUGACCGAUUAUUGAAUGACAAAAAUAUCGAAGACAUUAUGUUGACGUUCGUUAAUAGAGCGACGCUCAGUUGCGUCUGCAAACUUUUAACGACGAGCGUGUCGUCGCAUACGUGCAUCAUCACUGCCGUUAACAGAAUGAUGUCCAUCGGAUGUCCACAGGAUUAUGACGAAAAGGUCGUCCCUAAAGACGAAGUCAUCAGAUUUAUCCAGGAUUGCAUGUGCAAGGCCGGUACCACGCAGGAAGAUGCGUGCACCAUCGCUCAUCACUUGAUGACAGCGGACUAUAGAGGUCAUUUUAGCCACGGGAUGAAUCGGAUGCAGAUGUACGUGAAAGACAUCGAGAAGAGAUUCACCGAUCCUACCGCUCAGCCUCAGAUUGUCACCGAUUUCCAGGCAAUAGCUCUCAUAGAUGGGAAGAACGCGUUGGGCCAAGUGGUCGGCAAAUAUUGUAUGGAUCUCGCCAUGGAAAAGGCCAAGAAAUUCGGCAUCGGAAUGGUAACGGCACGCGGCUCCAAUCACUAUGGUAUCUGCGGCUACUACACCAUGAUGGCAAUGGAGCAAGGUCUGAUCGGUUUCAACUGCACCAACACGAGUCCGCUGAUGGCGCCGACACGCAGCGUGAAAGCCGGCCUAGGAACGAAUCCGUUGUCCUUGGGUAUGGCUACGGGCGUCGGCGAUGAAUUUCUUCUCGACAUGGCGACCACCGCCGUCGCCCUGGGUAAGAUCGAGCUAGCCAUUCGGAAGGAGAACGACAUCCCCGAAGGCUGGGCGCUCGGAUCUGACGGAAAAAUAACCCGCGAUGCUAAGGAGGCUUACAAAACUUCUCUGUUGAUGCCUCUUGGCGGUUCAGAACACAAUUCCGGAUAUAAGGGUUAUGGUCUAGCCUUGAUGGUCGAGAUACUCUGUGGUAUCCUCAGCGGGAGUCAAUUCGGACCAAAUAUUCGUCCUUGGAAGACCGGUGAUAGGGUCGCCAAUCUCGGACAUUGCUUUAUAGUUAUUAAUCCGGAGAUGUUCGAGAGCGGUUCACAGGACAGAUUGUCGAUCUUGCUUAAACAAUUGAGAGAUUUACCCGUUGCUGGCGAAGAACCCGUUCUGAUCGCUGGCGAUCCUGAGAGAUAUCACAUGAGUAAGGUUGAUAGAGAAGGUGGGAUCACGUAUCAUCCGAAUCAACUAAAGGCUUCGGAAGAAUUUGCUAAGCAUAUGGGCGUACAACCAAUGAAACUUGUUUCUAAAUGCGUUUGAUUUUUUGUUUGUAAACGGAAAAGAUCGACGAAUUAAUCUAUUUUAUCUUAUUUCUUAUAUCGCCGUUGAUUCCAUUUUUCUGACGUGGAAUAUGAAAGAUAAUCUAAAAUUAAUAAACGCCGGUUUGUAUCCAGUGAACAAUCAUUAA